AGCUCCAUACUUCUUUGGACGCGUGUUGGCCUGUUCAUGGUCCACCUCAAGUUUUUGCAGGUUAGGAAGGUCUACGGAGAAAUCUCCGUCGACAACUACUACCCCUACUCAAGCUUCUGAACUGCAGGCAAGCUGCUGCUUCCACUUCACUUCGAAAAAAAAACUUAAGUUGUGCCAAGACGCCACCUUUACUCACGCAACAAAGCUCAGAUGCAAUGCUGCCCUCCGCCGCGCCCGCGCGCUGCCUCCUCCUCCUCCUCCUCCUCGCCGUCGCCGUCGCCGGCGCCGCGUUCGAUCUCGAGGAGGCCACAGUCGACUCCAUCCGCCGCGCCUUCGCCGACGGGGAGCUCACCUCGCGCGGCCUCGUCGAGCUCUACCUAAGCCGCGCCGCGGCGCUCGACCCGUCCCUCCACGCCGUCGUCGAGCUCGACCCGGACGGCGCGCUCGCCGCGGCCGACCGCGCCGACGACGCCCGCCGCCUCUUCGCGUCCGCGGGAGGAGGCGCGCUCCCGCCGCCGCUGCUGAACGGCAUCCCCGUCCUCGUGAAGGACAACAUCGCCGCGGCCGGCGGCGGCGGCGCGCUGAACGCGACGUGCGGCUCGCUCGCCCUGGUCGGGUCGCGCCCCGCGGGCGACGCCGGGGUGGUCGAGCGGCUCCGGCGCGCCGGCGCGGUGGUUCUUGGCACGGCCAGCCUCAGCGAGUGGUGCAACUUCCGCGCCCCCGGCAUCCCCGCCGGCUGGAGCCCCCGCGCCGGCCAGGGCAAGAAUCCCUAUGUGCCAUCGGCGACGCCGUGCGCGUCGAGCAGUGGCUCGGCGAUUGCAGCGGCGGCGAACAUGGUGGCGGUGACGAUUGGGACGGAGACGGACGGGUCAAUCAUGUGCCCGUCCAGCUACAAUUCGGUCGUCGGGAUUAAGCCGACGGUGGGGCUAACCAGCCGCGCCGGCGUCAUCAUCAUUUCGCCUAGGAUGGACACCGUUGGGCCAAUUUGUAGGACAGUUUCAGAUGCUGUGCAUGUUUUGGAAGCAAUUGUUGGAUAUGACCCGCGAGACGCAGAGGCAACUCGUAUGGCGUUGCAAUAUAUCCCAGAAGAUGGUUAUAGGCAAUUCUUGAAUAUAGAUGGGUUAAGAGGCAAGAGGUUGGGAAUCCUUAGGAAAGAUUUCUUUCGGUUUCCCUCGGGCUCUGUCCAACAAAAGGUCUUCGAUGAGCAUUUCAACACUAUAAGUAAGAUGGGUGCCAUAUUGGUGGACAAUCUCGAGAUACCAAACAUGAACAUCAUCAACGAUGCAGUACAAAGCGGUGAACGUGCUCUUAUGCUAGCCGAAUUCAAGUUGUCCCUCAACUCAUACUUGUCUGAACUGGCCAGUUCACCUGUAAGAUCAUUAUCGGACAUAAUUGAUUUCAACAACAAGCAUCCGGUAGAGGAAAGGAUGGCUGAAUUUGGUCAGAGUUACCUUCUGCAAUCUGAAGCAACAGAUGGCACUGGUCCAACUGAGAAGAAGGCCAUUGCGAAACUGAACGAACUUUGCGAAAGUGGCCUCGAGAAAAUAAUGCGAGUUAAUCAACUGGAUGCAAUUGUUUCACCAGGUGCAUCUGCUCAUAGCCUGCUUGCAAUCGGCGGCUAUCCUGCAAUCACAGUUCCAGCUGGGUAUGCAUCGAAUGGUGUUCCUUUUGCCAUCUGCUUUGGAGGUUUGAAAGGAUCGGAGCCAAGGCUUAUUGAGAUAGCCUAUUCGUUUGAACAGGCGACAAAAGUGAGGAGACCUCCAACUUUGCAGCAUUCUAUCAUUUGAUUGUAACUUCAAAAAUUUGAUUGUUUGACUCGCUGUGUAUCAUUUUCAAGUUUGAACAGAAAUUAUGGUUGAAAAACAUAUAUAUACACGCCCAAGGCCAAAACAGACAAUUUGAGAUGCAGUAAUCUGAUCCUUUAUUAUUAUUUCAAAUCCAUCUGGUCGUUUAUAUUUGAAAA